AUGAAAUUUUAGAAUGCCCUUAUUGUUAGUUCAUUUUGCUAAGAUUUAACCUCUGUUAACAAUUAUUGGAUAAAUUUUGCUAUACAUAGGUUAAACUCAAAUGAUCUUGGGAGAUUGAUAACAAUCAACAGCAUGGUUAUAGUUAAUGCGCUUUUCUAUCAAUUGAAUGUGGGAUUGAUAAUCUUUUUUAAGGACAAAGAAAAACUCAUAUCAAAUUUAUCUCGUCACUUUAUGAUUCAUAUAGUAGUCUUACUAUGGGCAAUAUUUGUUAAUGGAAUAAUCAAUUAUUUACUUUGA